AUGAAGUUGCCUUGGGCGGCUCUGGCCACACUUCUGGCUGUGGCUCUCGCGAGAAGAGAUCCGACGAAAUGGAAUAGGAACGAGGUAUCGCAUCACUUGCCACGGCAAGCGCCCAAUUCCGACCCUCCAGACUACGGGAACUCUUCUUCAUCUGGAACCCCGAUCAUCGAGCAGACCGAGGCAGUCAAGAAAUUCAUCGUAAACGGCACUGCCAUCCCAGAAGUCGACUUUGACAUUGGCGAGUCCUACGCCGGUCUGCUGCCAAUCGGUCCGGAGCAAGACGUCAGCGAACUAUACUUCUGGUUCUUCCCUUCUUCGAAUCCGGACGCUGGAGACGAGAUCCUGAUUUGGUUAAACGGAGGUCCGGGCUGCUCUUCGUUGGAAGGAUUGCUUCAAGAGAAUGGCCCAUUUUUAUGGCAAUUUGGAACUUUCAAGCCGGUGAAGAAUCCGUGGACCUGGGUCAAUUUGACGAAUGUGGUUUGGGUUGAGCAGCCUGCUGGGACUGGGUUCAGCAUGCAAGGUGGGACGCCGCCUGCGAGAGAUCAGAUUGAGGUUGCGAAGCAAUUCUUGGGUUUCUGGAAGAACUUUGUCGACACGUUUGGCUUGAAGAACCGCAAAGUCUUCAUCACAGGGGAGAGCUACGCAGGCUACUAUGUGCCCUACAUCGCUGAUGCCAUGCACAACGAGACGGACAAGGAAUACUACGAUGUCGAAGGGAUCAUGAUCUAUGACCCCGUCCUGACUGAUAACGUGGUCCAUGGAGACAUCCUCGCCGUGCCGUUCGUGGACCAAUGGAGCGGGCUUUUCAACUUGAAUGAGAGCUUCAUGGAGGAUCUUCACAGACGACACGAGUCCUGCGGAUACCAGAGGUUCAUCGAGGAAGCAUACGUGUUUCCACCAAAAGGUCCGCUGCCCACACCUCCACAUCGAGAUCAGAAGAAUGUCAGCUGCCGUCUGGCCGGGGACGUGAUAGACGCAGCCCUGUUGGUCAAUCCAUGCUGGGACCUUUACCACGUCGCCACCACUUGCCCACUUCUAUGGGAUGUCCUUGGAUUUCCAGGUACCCUCGACUACGUUCCCGAAGGCGCGGACAUCUACUUCAAUCGCGAAGACGUGAAGAAGGCGAUCAAUGCACCCGAUCGCGAAUGGGCCGAAUGCGUAGACGAUGUCUUGAGACCAGACAACAGCCUUCCUUCGGCACAGAGUGUUCUCCCGCGCGUCAUCGAGAAGAAUCAGAGGACCAUCGUCGCUCAUGCUGAGCUUGACUUUGUCGUGCUCAAGAAUGGCAGCAUCAUCGCCAUGCAGAAUAUGACUUGGAACGGUGCGCAAGGUUUUUCCAAGGCGCCUGAGGAAUGGAAUAAAUUCUUUGUGCCGUAUCAUCCGAAGGCGAGCUUGAGUACUUUGGCCGGCGCUGGCUACUAUGGAUCAUGGUAUACGGAGCGUGGGUUGACGUUUGCGACGAUCGACCUCAGCGGCCAUAUGGUGCCUCAGUAUGCCCCGGCGGCUGCGUACAGGCAUGUCGAGUUCUUGCUUGGGAGGAUUCCGGACUUGGGCGAGAUCAGUGAUUUUACGACGCUGAGGGGAGAUUGGGGUAAUGAUGCGACUAUGAGGUAUUUGUAG